AUGGCCGAUUUAAGUUGCAUGUAUGGGCGAUAUUCUGUUUGAAUUUUAGCGUUUGCUGGUCAAUUUUCGUAUUUAUAUUUUUCGAAUUGUUUAAGAGAAUGGGACAAAAUCUUAACGAAGCUCCUCCGAGUUCACGAUUAACUAGAAUUGAAGCAGCAAGAAAGAUUGAACGAUACUGGUGUUCUUACCGGGACAAGCAAAUGUUCAAGCUGCUAAAAUAUGCAAUAUGUGCGGCGGAACAUUCUCUUACGUAUGAGGUGCUUAGAAAGGUGUCACCACUCGAAGCAGACCUUCUGCGUGAUCCUGUGAUCCAAGCACGAGUGAGAUUCAGAUUUGGAGGAUCAGAAUUUCCACCCAUUAUUUUGUUCAAGAUUUUUAUUCACAGUGGAGGACAUGGCGUUAAGUAUUAUUGUGGGAAAAAGGUUAUCAAACCUGCCUCAGAGGCAGCUUGUGACUCACUAAGAUUAAUGGGAAAUCGCAAAUUCUAUGAUCAGUUAAUAGCUGACACAUGUCAGCAAGAGAAAGACAGAAUAACUGAUGAAACUGAUGUAACAACAAUGAAAGAUUAUAUGCAGUAUUUAAGUCAUCUAGAUGAAUGUCCUGCCGCAACAGGAGGAAAGUCAAAUACUUGGAGAAGACUCACUCUUGAAGCUAUCCCAAGGCACAAUAUUGUCCACGAUAUCUUCAGUUAUGUGGCAUGUGGUAUCUCCACCCCGCGACUGCUUGAGGAGUGUCCAGACUUGUUGUCAUUGAGACCAGCUACUCAGGAAAUUCAAGUGGCCAGUAUCAAGGCAAUUCCUUUGUACAGGAAAAAAGCGCAAACAGAUUACACCAUCUCAUCCCCAGCCAGGAGGUCAAAACAAGCCAAAGCAAGGGUUGCAAAAAUGCGCAAAAUGUUUGGACUGGAUUCUCCAAAACUGCCUGAAAGUCGUCAGGGUGCAACACCAGCAACACAGGUGCCUGAGGAUGAUUUGUUUGAGGAUGAAGACUGGGAAGAUCAAGCUGACAAAUUAUAUGAAUGGACACAAAAUUUAUCUCUAGAUGAGCUUGGAGUCACCUCUUCGUGAUGUUCAACAAUUUAAAAAAAUUGGAAUAAAAAUGUGGUAAAGUUGAGAAGGAAGAACAAAAAAGUGAGGAAUGGUUCAGGGUCAAAGGUCAGUGUUCAGGUCAUGGAUCAAAUGGACAUCUAACACAUGGCACUGAUCAACAAUUGGAAUUCAAAGCUGCUGUUAUGUUCCCCAUUAUGAGGCAAAAACAUUCAACAAAUAAUUUGAUGAAUACAGUUGGCCCUUGAUAUGCUUACUCAAAAGCAGGAAAGAUAAACUUACAUUUAGUUAUUGUCAAAAUACUUCUUUAACAGAAACAUUUUGUAUUUUUGUAAACGUAGUUUAAAUGUUAUAUUAUGCAAUGUUACUUCCUGAAAACAGAAACAAAACUCCAUGAAAAAUAAUAAUUGUAAAUAAAUAGCUAGGUUAAUUGUUUAAUGUGAAAUGUGUCACUGAAAUGAUUUUUAAACAAUACCUUUGUCAAGUAAAGCACAUGAAAUGAUGUGAUAAGUUGAGUUUUCACC